CGCGGUUUAAAAGACGGUUUAAGUGAAAAUCUUUGUGUCUUGAAUGUUAACGCCAGAAGUUUAGUAAACAAGUUCCCCGAUUUUCUGUCACUAAUUUCUUCCCACUCUGCUCACAUUAUUGGAGUCACUGAAACAUGGUUACAUGAUGGCAUAUACGACACCGAAAUUACACCCUCUGGUUUCUGCGUGGUUAGAGGUGAUAGAAAGUACGGGCGUGGCGGUGGCGUCGCACUCUUUUUAAAGUCCAAUAUUAAAUUUUCAGUUAUACAGGGUCCUCCCCAGAUUGAAUCAGUGUGGUGCAAACUUAAUGUGGAUAAUAUAUCUUUAGUUGUUGGCGUUGUCUACCGCCCUCCCGGCUCUCCCAUUGAUCAGUUACAUGCUUUAUCUGACUUUAUGUACGAGCAUAACCUGUCUUCUUCCAAUUUAAUAUUAAUGGGUGAUUUCAAUUUACCUGGCAUCCAGUGGUCGUCUUUGUCGCUAUCUGGUCCUGACGUUCAAAUAUCUAGAGAGUUAGUGAACUUUUCUUUGUCAUUUGGUUUAAAACAGAUUGUUCAGGAGAGCACGAGAGAGUCGUCAGUUUUAGAUUUGGUAUUUCUUAGUAUACCUCUUCUAGAAAACCAUUUUGAAUGUGAAGUCGUUGACGGUAUAUCAGAUCACAGGGCAGUCCUUGUUUCUGUUGCUUAUCCUGUCCCUAAAACACGUUUUGUUUACCACACUUUUCCUGAUUUUAACCGUGCCGAUGAUGUGUCCAUAAUUGACUCAUUAAGCUAUUCCUUUGAAGUGUUUGAACAACUUAGUAUCUCCAGUGACGUGAAUGUACUCAUUACAUUUUUUGAAGACUUGGUUAAAUCGUGUAUCCAGCGAUUUGUGCCACUCAAAACUAAAAAAAGUAACAUUGUCAAACCUUGGAUAACAAGAGAAUUAUUACAUUUAUCGCGACGGGUCGGCAGACUGCGGAGUGGAAAACGUUGCGCUGACCCAGUAAAGUCUGCUCAGUUUAUUCAAGCUAAGGGGGAACUUCGACUAAAAACUAAUUCCGCGAAGGACUUCUAUUUCCGUGUUACCUUACAAAACUUAAUAAAAUGCAACCCUCGAAAAUUCUGGUCUAUUUUACCAGGCAGCACAAUUUCAAACUCGUUUAUAAUUAACGACGUAACUACUAUGGACGCGCUGACAAUCGCUACAGCGUUUAAUACGUACUUUCAUGUGUACGUUAAUUUAGGUAUACCAUUAUCACAAAUAGCAGACACCGACGCUGCACUUACCAUCGAUGAAUGCGACAUAAAGAUGUCGGCUUCUGCUUUCUCGAAAUAUAUGCCAUCGUUUUACUACUACGUGGAAGAAAAGAUCUGCUUUAUCACCCUGGUACUUCACGACCGUCUCAUACCGCCAUAUCGCCGCGUCACCCACGUCUCCCAAGGAUCAUCGACCAGGACCUUCUUGACGAUCUGCUUUAUCACCCUGGUACUUCACGACCGUCUCAUACCGCCAUAUCGCCGCGUCACCCACGUCGCCCAAGGAUCAUCGACCAGGACCUUCUUGACGAUCUGCUUUAUCACCCUGGUACUUCACGACCGUCUCAUACCGCCAUAUCGCCGCGUCACCCACGUCGCCCAAGGAUCAUCGACCAGGACCUUCUUGACGGUUGGCUGUAUCUGA